AUGAAUGACCGUGCCCCUGAGAAGGCAGCCUCCCCGCUCCAGAAUCACAGGUACUACGACGAGGAGUCCGGCGGAGGCGGCCCCUGGGGGAAUGGCGGUGGUACUAUCGAGGAAGACGACUUCUCUCCCAGUGACACCUUCGAUAUCCCGCCGAAGAACGCCUCGAUAGAGCGUCUUAAGCGGUGGAGGGUACGCCAUUGCUCAAACUUCACUGUACAUACGUAAUGAAACGACGGAGGGGAUCGGGGAGGGAGAAAUCACCCGGAAUCACCUACAUUUUCUCUAAUCUAUCGAUCAGGUAUCGCAUUUUGUGUCUCGACACCCUGACAUCAUGCGAUGCCUCUGGGUAGCAUAUUUCACACUGCUUUGACGACUGAAGUCGCAAACCAAUCAUUGUCUGUGACAUCGAAACUCCUGCUCUCUUCAUUAAUCUGGAAGCAGCUGCAACCCGGAGUCUAGUAGCAUCACGAACCAUUUAUCAACAUAUUAUUAUUUUUGUAGAAUUUGCCAAAAAUAAAAACUGGCGCACAGGUUGGUUCUUCCAGAUUGCAAAAACUCAUGUCAGCAGCUAAAUUGCAAAAACAUCAGUGUAGUCCUUGUUACUUCAUUUUACUAUCUGACUCCGAAUUGAAUGCCACAAAGUCCUCAAGCACAGGAUACUCUACCUGCACACUCAGAUUGACCGCUUACUCAAAGAAAAUAAUUCCACAGCAGUCUACAAGCAUAAAGUGAGAAAACGAACAGAAAAUCAUGCAUAAGAAACUCAGACGGGUCAUCUGGAGUACAAUUUUAGUCAAAGUCACGGGAGAUAAGUCGAUUUUCUUAUUCAAUGAUCAAGGAAAAUUUCAGUUUACCAACAUCAGAAAAUAACAGGAGGCUGAGUGCAUAGAUUGGGAAAUUAAGACUAAAAAAAUCUCUACAAAUGAUGUUGUGCAAGCAGAUCACAUCUAGUGGGGUGCGACAGUAAUAAAAGGAAAACAGUUACAGUAACUGACAACAUUUAAAAUCAAAAGUGGGUCAGAAGAUGAAAACAGAUUAUUUACCUCUGCAUGUAAAUGGAUAGGAGCAUAACGAUCAAGUUGCUUUUGAAGCGCGAGUCUACGUUGUUGUUCCUCAUCCAAAUACCUUCAAUUAUUAUACGAUUAUGAAUAAGACGAGUGCAAAAAUGAGAACUUAUUAAUUAACGAGCCUAAUAUUUUUUUUACAGUAAAUUACUAUUUGCCAAAAAUAAAAACUGGCGCACAGGUUGGUUCUUCCAGACCUACCAUUAUCUGGCCAGAUGAUUAAGAGUAUUUUGGCGCAUUUUCCACCUAAAAGCUGCUUUCAACUUCUUCCAAUAUUGGUCGUCACCUUUCUGGGUCUAAAAACCAUGAUCUGGCUCCCUGCUAAGUAAUGUUCUUCAAAGAUGUUUAAAUUUAUUCGAGGAAGCUUUGGUUUUGAUGCUCGGUGACGGGGAUAUUCCAAUAUGGAUUUGUUUUUCUCGUGCAUGGCUCUACAUGACGAGGAUUUACCAAUAUGGAUAUGAAGAGAUUUAUUGUUCUAUGGAGGUAGAAUUGGCUGCUCUCCCCCUCUGACUUUCUGAUGGUGAUUAUACACCAGACUGUUUGAUAUCUUGUCAGCAUGGACUAAUAAUUACCAAAGAAUAGUCCCUACAUCUGCAAUUUUAUUCUGUUUCGAGACCCAUAUUCUUUACUCUUGAUUCCCCUUGAUUACAUGAAUUUGCGUUCUGUGGAUUUCUUCAGUUGGCCGAAGUUCUUCAGAUUUCAUUCAUCACCAUGGCUAGUUUUGCAGAUGACGUUUAGUUCUUAAAUUUGCUGCCGCAUGCAGCCACACUGACAGAACAUGCCCUUUUUUCUCGUUUAGAAAUAGAACAGUAAAAAAUCCGAACAGCUGUGGAUUAAUGCAUUCAUAUUUAUCUUCUUUUGCCUGUGACUCGACCACAAUCUCUUGUGAAAUCUCACCCACCGCGAUAUAUUUGUGUGACUGUUACGAGAUUGAAUACUCGAUGAUUAAUUAUUGAUUCCACGUAUCAUGUGCAUGGUCUGUUUCUUUGUCACCUUAUCUUGUUUUGGCUGAUUACAGCCGUCUAUAAUCACCUUAUUAUGCCUCUUUAGAGAAAGUGGAUGAAUCGGCACUCUCUGUUAGGGCCUUUGUUGGAGCAGUAACUGGGGAAGAAAGUGAUCAUGGAGGAGUUGGGUUGUGGGGAGCAUAAGAGGAGGGCUCAGGUGGUGCUGUGAUGGCAUAAGAGGUGGGAGAGUGUGUUGAGGGUUCUGUUCCUUCUCUGAGGACGUUGAUGUCAGAAAAUUGAUGAGGGAUGACUGAAAUGGCAUGACAUCAGUGUUGCUUUUUUAUUUUUUUAGGAUGACUGAUGGCAAUCUCUCCACGCAUCAUCCUCACCCUUUCUUUUAAACUGCCUUGCUCCUAUAUCACCCAUAUUCAAGGGUUUGCCACUCAUUAUUGCCAACAACUACACAAAGCGGUGGGUCAAUCUUUAACAUGGUGACUAGGGAACUAAUAUGAAGACAACAGUAAUUGCAUGCAACAGUAUGGGUGGGGAGUCUGUAUGGAGAUGGAUUUUUGAUCCAUUAUGUCUUUUUUUGGGCCCCAAAGGGGGGAUGAGGCAUACGUUUUUUUGUUAAAUUCUAAAAUUGUUGGGUGCCGAAUCCGUGGGUGAAAUAUUUUUAUUGUUCUUUCUUUAUGAUAUACAUUUUAUUCAAUUCCAGAAGAAAUAAUACCGAACUAAACGGUGGUUGUCUUCUUUUCGAUAGAGGCCUCAGGUUAUUUGAUAGUUUUUUGUUCUCAUUUUUAGAUGUAGCAUCCAUCUCGAGGGGCUUUUGGCUCUUGAAUCAUUGUAGCUUGCUGUAGAGAGAUUUUGGGGGACCUUCAUAAUUUACACCUAUCUUCUAUUCACUGCAGCAAGCAGCACUUGUGUUGAAUGCUUCCCGAAGAUUUAGGUAUACUCUUGACCUGAGAAAAGAUGAAGAAAAAGAGCAAAUAAGAAGGAAAAUCAGAGCUCAUUCUCAAGUCAUACGGGUAAAGACCGAAGCUGCCACUUCUCCUGAACAUUUUUGUUUUUAGGUUUACAACAUGUCUUUAAUAUAUUAUUAACCUUCCAGGCUGCAUUAUUAUUCAAGGAGGCUGGUGAAAGGGAUCUACCUGGUAUCACAUCCACUGGUAUUCAUGAUGCUAGCUUCUUUACUCAUCGUAGUUAUGUGACAUUCUUCCGGAUAUUCAUAGGUCCAUUCGGAGUAUCACCCAUAACAUCUUCUGCCGGUUAUGGGAUUGGAGCAGAGCACCUCACUUCAAUGACUAGGGACCAUGCUCUCUCCUCUUUACAAGGAUAUGGUGGGGUAAGCGUCCGUAACUUUGUGCCAUCGUGUAAAUUUUCGAUUAAUUUUUUAGUUCAUGAUUUUUUUUUUUGUGAAUCAGGUCAAUGGAUUGGCUGCUUUACUAGGGACGAACUUAGACAAGGGAGUUGCAGGAGAUGAUGCAGACCUGUCACGUCGUAGAACUGCAUUUGGGUCUAAUACAUACCCUCGAAAGAAAGGGAGGAGCUUUUGGGUAUCUUUUAAUACAUAUCCUCGAUAGAAAGGCAUAUUUAUGGUAACCCUAAACAUAAUUCGUUACAUGGAGUUCAUGGUUCACCUUGCAGGUUUUCCUGUGGGAAUCAUGGCAAGACUUAACACUCGUCAUCUUGAUGAUAGCUGCUGCAUUAUCCUUGAUACUGGGCAUAAAGACAGAGGUAUAUUUAUUUCUUUUCAAUUUAGGAUGCUGUUGUGGUUAUCCUGUGGUUACUUCUACUUCGUAGGUUCUUUUCCUCACGUUCUGCCUUUUAACUUACCCAUUCAAUACUUUUAGCUGAUUUAGUGCCCUCUGGUAUCUAUAUAUAUUAUCUAUCUUUCUGGUCUAGUUGACCUUAUCAGCCGAAGCUUUCUUCAGUGAGAGCUAUUUUGUGAUAUAACCAUUCUUGUUUUAGUUUCUUUUUUCUCCUUGUACAAAAUAUUACAGUAGGGAACUUAUCGCACCAAUUUUUUGCUUCUAAUAUAACGUAUCUAAGAUUUGUGUGAAUUCCUUUUUAUAACUUUUUUUUUUUCUCAGACUUUUAAGUUCAUUUAAGCUGGUUUGUCAUCCAAAGGAACUGAAGGUGCAGCUUCAGUAAUCUUUGUUCCCUAUUCCAUAAUCAAAACGUAUGAUAGAAAAAUUAAAUUGGGUUAUCCCCCAUAAGAUAUGGGUUCGCAUCAGUUAGUCGGCAGAAUUCGAAAAAAAUCAUAACACUGCCUUGAAUGUUAGUCGUGAUGCUCAUUUGUCUCUAUUAUUUCUAUCUUUAAUUGUUUCUUUGUGAUGGUUGUAAAUUAUUUCCAUUUUUUGUUUAGGGUAUAGAAGAAGGGUGGUAUGAUGGAGGGAGCAUUGCAUUUGCCGUUAUCAUCGUUAUCUUUGUCACAGGCAUGUUCUGCCAACAUAGGGAACUAAUUAUUGCCUUUAUCUCUCUCUAUAUUUGCUUUCGCUUUCUGUGGUUUCAGAUGUUAUGAUGUGCUUCUUUCAUAAAUUCUCUGUUAAAUACAUUAUGGUGUGACAUGAUGCCUUGAAUAUCUAUUUUUGCUUGUUGUUUGAAUCCUCGGCUUACUCCUGGUUGCUGCAAAUCUCUUUUCAGCUUUCAGUGAUUACAAACAGUCCCUUCAGUUUCAAAAUCUGCAUGAGGAGAAGCGCAACAUUCGGUUGGAGGUAAAUGAAAUUUAAUUACUUGUUAUUAACCUUUUCCACCUUCCCUUAUUAUUAAGAUUGAUUCACGUUAUGCGCAGGUAACUAGAGGUGGAAGAAGAAUUGAAGUUUCAAUAUUUGAUCUUGUUGUUGGUGAUGUUGUUCCUCUCAAAAUUGGUGAUCAGGUUUGCAGAGUACCUGAAUUCUUUGUCGCUCAGAACAUGUCUUCAGUUUUACACUUUUUUUGUUCAUAUCUUUCCAAAUUUCCUCAUUUAGGUCCCUGCUGAUGGGGUCUUGAUCUCUGGUCACUCUCUUUCAAUCGAUGAAUCUAGUAUGACUGGAGAGAGCAAGAUUGUAAGUAAUUUCUCUUUGCAAAUUUUGGAGUCAAACAAAGCAGCAAUAUUAAGUGUUUGCUUCUUGCAGGUCCAUAAAGAUCAGAAGGCACCAUUCCUGUUAUCUGGGUGCAAAGUUGGUGAUGGAUAUGGCACCAUGCUGGUAAGGUUAUUAACAUGAUAAAUGUAAGAAGUCUGAAAAGAUAAAUGGGGCCAUGAGCGAUGUAGCAUAGUCUUUUUUAAUAAAUAUGACACUUAAUGAACUUGAUUGAUACUAUCUUUGAGUUGUCGGAUGAUAUGCCUGUCAUCGCACACAGAACAUAUUCUAAGAAUCUGGUAACUGGGUUUGACGGGGGUGUUUUUUUUGGUCCCUUUAAAGUUUAAGUGGAAAACAGUUUUUGAUGCAUUGGGCUAGGCAUACUAAUUUCAAGAAAGCAUACUUUUCUAAUUGGUGCAUAGUAUUUUCCUUUCAUAGAUUGCAUAGUUUGUCUUCUUCUUGGUAUUGUUUCCUGGAGGAAAACCUAGUAGGAUUGCUGGUUGAUCUCAGUCAAACUGGCUGCCUGAGUUGGAGCGGCCAGACUAGUUUAGAAGGCCAUGUGGGCUUCUUUAUGUCAGUAGGGGAAGAAGAGAAAGAAAGAGAAAUAGAGGGGGAUAAUUUGAUGACAACGAAGUGCAUAAACAAGGAGACCGUGGAGAAAGGAGCUAAUUCUAAACAACAGAAGAAGAGAGAGAGGUUAUAGAAAAUAAUUAUAGUGUUGAUGAAGGAGAAUGAAGAAGAGUGAGCUUGCUGUUUAGCUAAUUCUAAUUUCUGUCCCUUCACUUUUGAAACUUGCAACUGUAAUCUUCACACUUAUCAGGGAUUUGAAAUUCGAUUGGAAGGAUUGAUUAUGUUGAUAUUAUUUUAUUUUAUCUUGUUUUGAUGACGGCAUAUAUAGUGAUCUUAGUUUUCUUUAACAUCGUUGCUCACACAUAUUUCGAAUUCCUAGCUUUAAAAUUCAGGGUGCACAGUCAGCAUAUAUUAUAAAUAAAUAGUUUAAACUUUCCACAAAACCUGAUAGUUGCCGUACAAGGAUCAAAGCAAGAACAUUGAUUGUAAUUUUUGUAUGAACUUGGGUAUUUUGAGAAUUAUUAGCGGGCAUUCCCGUGUGAUGGUGGACUAUUUGGACUGAUGCAAUUUUAAAUGGCCAUCCCUGGUGGCAUCUGUGGAAUUAGACAAACUUUAGUACAUUCCAUGAUGGACAACGUUAACAGAUUUUGAUGGAGAAUUUACCAUUUAGUAGAUACUGUUUCAUUUACUUUUGUCUUUCUCAGGCUUUUUUAUUUAUAGUCGUAAGCUGCUGAUAAUACUUAUUGCAGGUUACGGCCGUUGGAAUCAAUACUGAAUGGGGUUUAUUGAUGGCUAGUAUAUCAGAAGACUCAGGAGAAGAAACUCCUCUUCAGGUUUGCUUCUAAUAAAUACAUCAUAUUUUGUUAGAGUUCUCAUGGUUGCUGUCUUUUUAUGAAAUUCUUUUACCAUGUUGACUUUACAUAAAUCCUUUGCUCUUAAAAAAAAAAAGGUACGACUGAAUGGUGUUGCCACCUUUAUUGGUACUGUUGGCCUUUCGGUCGCUUGUGCAGUGCUUGUUGUGCUUAUUGUCAGGUAUGCCUUAGUGCACUACUACUAGUUUUUAACUGGAUUGGUUGCCAAAGUUUUCAAACUGGAUUUUUUUCCAGAUUUUUUACUGGACAUACUAAGAAUCCUGAUGGGAGCACACAGUUCAUUGCUGGAAAGACGAGCGCAAAAUCUGCAGUAAAUGGAGUUAUCAGAAUUUUGACCGUUGCUGUAUGUCAUCUUCGAAGUGUUUCUUUCAGUAAUAACUAGAAAGUGAUAUCUUUGGAGCUAAAGCAGUUGCGAAUCGUAUUGUUAGGUCACCAUUGUGGUAGUCGCUGUUCCUGAAGGUCUUCCCUUGGCUGUUACUCUGACGUGAGUUUUUUGUGAUAUUUUUAUUGCUAGAUCUGCGUUGUUUGCUUGGAUCUUGACUGCUAAGUAUCUGGUCUUUGUCAAUGCAGGCUUGCAUACUCUAUGCGCAAAAUGAUGGCAGACAAAGCCCUGGCAUGUGCUUGGUCUUUUUUAAUUUAAGUGAUUUAUUUUUUCUGUUAUCUAAUAUCUUUCGACUGCUAAUUCCAGGUAAGGAGGCUUUCUGCGUGUGAAACUAUGGGAUCUGCUACAACAAUCUGCAGUGAUAAAACGGGAACUCUGACAUUAAACCAGGUUCACUAUUUAUUUAUUUUUUUAUUAUGGUUUUUUAGUCCAUUAAUUUUUAAACAACAUGAUCUUGUCUCUUGUAUUCUUUCACUACAAAAUUCACCGUAGAAAACUUUGUUAGCUACAACAGUUUGACGAGUCCCGUUGUUUAUUCAUAGUAGUAAUUUGUACCUUUUUUUUCAGAUGACAGUUGUUGAGGCUUACGUUGGGGCUGGAAAAUUGGAUCCCCCAAAUGAUAUCAAACGACUCGCCUCUAAUGUGUCAUCUGUGCUAAUUGAGGGCAUUGCACAGAAUACAACAGGCAGUGUCUUCACACCUGAGGUAUUUAAACUGUUUGGCUACAGCUGUAAAUUUCCUGCACCAGGCAUCAAGGUCGAGAAGUUUAGCUCGAUUUGAACUCUGUUUGAAAGUUAUGUGAAACUUCCACAUAACAUCCUGGUCUUUCAUUUGCCUGCCGUCAAAUGUUACUUGCAUCAGGGAUAGUGAAAGAUGAAACUCUUACUGUGAUUUCAUGGAUGAUUGUGGCCUAGACAUUGUGUUAGAAAUGUGCGUAUGCAAUUGUGCUUAAUGAUUCGUUUCUUGUUUUAAAUGUUAACGUUUCAUGAUUAAUCUACGCUUUUUACCUGCGUCAUUUGUCAAUUAAUUAGUUUCUAUUUCCUUCAUUGUUUCAUAUCUGGAUCCUCCAGAUGUUUUCCAUGUUGUGUAAGAAAGCUUUCUGUUAGUUGAAUUCUGAUUGUGGUGGUGAAAUAUUUAUUUCUUGCUAAUUUUGAUUGUUUUUUUUGCUGUUUGGCAGAUAAUGUCACUAUUGUUAUGUAUUUUUCCAUCCCUCCACUCAUCUCCAACCCCCUUGCAUUUCACGGAGAUUUAUCUUCAUUUUCCUGAUCUAUAUGGGCCUUCCAUCCUCGUUUUAUCUUUGGGGAGCAUUUUUUUGGUUGUUCGAAGGGAAAGAAUGGAGGGAAUGAUAACAGGCCAUAAGGGUGCCAUGUCACACUUUAUUGGGUUUGUGCAGCCCUGUCACAGAAAAGUCAUAGUUAAUGCUGUUUGUGAGAUAAAAGCAAAUAGAGGAUAUGGAAAAUAAAUAUGCCCCCAUCAAUACGAAAGUAAAGAAGGUGGCUUACUCUAACAAAGAAAAUCGAUUGUAUGCUGUAUAUUUCAUAUUUUAUGCGGAAUAGUUUAAUAUUCUCUAUCAAAAGAUGAUUCUAGACUGAUAUCAGAUGUUAUGUAGGAAGAUAUUGGAAGUUAUAUUUUCUGGGGUGAUUAGUAUCUGUUGGCUGAAUUCAUUUGAUGGUGGGGAUGGUUGACAUGAAGGCUUUUAAUUUGAUAAUAUUCUUUACUUGAAUACGGCUGCUGUCUUACUUCAUUCAUGAAUAAUUCAUUUUUUAAUUCAAAAUAAUACAUUGGCCAUGAAAAUGGAAUGUUUCUGCUUGAGCAUAACUGUUUGAAGGUUACAAAUUGAACAGAAGGGUGACAUCGAGGUUACUGGCUCGCCUACAGAAAAGGCCAUCCUUGCAUGGGGAGUGGAGGUGCGUGCAUGCGUUUGCGGUGAUUUUUGGUUGUUACCUAUAGCUUCCAACUUUCCCAACUUGUGCUGAUUAUUGUAGAUGGGGAUGAAAUUUGAAGAAGUUAGAAGAAAUUCCACAAUUCUUCAAGUAUUCCCUUUCAACUCAGAAAAAAAGCGUGGUGGCUUAGCUUUGCUUCUGGUAAGUUAGCUAUUCAUCUCUUGUGGUUGUUAACCUGUUGCUUUCUCUUCUUUUGCUAUUAGAGUUAACUGGUCUUCCGUUUCAUUUUCUUUAUCGCCUUAGAUGUGCCAUGUUCAAUUCCUGGGCGUAUGUUUGGAGCGGUCUUGCUGGUCGGACUUGACCCCAAGUCAACUAUACAGCUAAAGAAUCUUGCCGUUGAAACAUGCAAUAUAAUUUUCUAACUUUUGAUUUCAGAGUGAAUGACCCAAUGAUAAAUUUUAUUAUGCGUUAACCAGCUUUACGUUUCUGUCCUGCACCAUUGUGUAUGAGGAUGCAAAUUAUAUUGGUGCUGAAAUUUGUUAUUUUCAUAUCGGCAGACUACAGGAACCUGCAUUAUUAGUGUACUUGUCGAAAUAUACGUUUGAAGUCUUAUUCACAAAAAUCACUUACUAUGAUUAGAUGUGCCAACAUUUUCUCUGAUCCACAGAUGCCAAUUAUGUCAGCAUCAAUAAUUUUUUAACACAACUACCGUACAUUGUAGAUGCGAGAUGUUGUCUUCUAGUUGCAGAAAAACUUAACCCCAUGUUUGAGACCAGCCAGUAGACUGCUUUCAAAAUUUUGAUUUGAUUUGAUCAAUUUAAAUCCAGCUUACGUUUGAAUAAGCUGUACCUCCUGUAGUUUUUACCUCUAAUUGUCUCCAUGUUCGUUUGAAUUUUCAUUUCCUUUCUUUUGCGCAUUCUGAUUCAGGGUAACCAUGAAGUUCAUGUACACUGGAAAGGAGCCGCUGAAAUAGUUCUAUCCUCAUGUACGAAGUGGCUUGACCAGAGUGGAGAAGUGAUGCCCAUGGACGAUGAUUUGGUUGAUACCCUCUUCACCAUCUUAUAAUAUUUAAUCAACUCCAUUACUUAAGAAACCUGCUCAACGUUAGUUUGAUCCUACCAAAGUCAGGAAAUAUUCUGAAAUUCUAUGUUUUCUGUCUGCAGCUGAAUCAAUUCAGGAAAUAUAUUGAAGAUAUGGCGGCAAAAAGCUUGCGGUGUGUGGCCUUUGCUUUUAGGCCAUAUGACUACAAGGAUAUUCCAAGUGAGGAAGAGAGAGAAACAUGGAUACUGCCCGAGGAUGACCUCAUUCUGACUGGUAUUGUGGGAUUAAAGGUAUUCAGUUGUAAUUUCCCUGCUGAUUGACUCAGAUUUGGAUAUGUUGCUGCUUGCCAUUAGAAAGGGAUGAAAAUUAUAGUCAAUAAUCCUCAGAAAGAGUGGAAUAAGGAUCAAGUAUUUUGGAUGCUUCAUUUUUGAAUAACAUAAGCUUUCAUGUUCUUUCCACAUGAGUCAGAACUUAAAUGUAAAUCGUGAUCAUAUUGCAUUCGCCAUUUAUCACUGAUCAAAAUGAUUCCGGGAUUUCAAAUAUAAAGGAGGCUAUGGUUAACAGUGAUUAAUCACUCAUGGUAUAACUAGUCCCUGGAAUUUCUGCAUAUUCGUUCCAUGUGUAGAAAAGUAACCAUUGACGAACUUAUUUUUAUCAAAUAUGCUAAUUUAUAGUGCUAAUCCUGCUUACAGUCAUAUUUUCAACAACAUGGAGUUCUUAGGACCUUGAUUCCUGCCUUGUAGGAUCCUUGCCGGCCUGGGGUCAGAGAUGCUGUACGGAGAUGCAUCCAUGCAGGUGUCAAGGUGGUGUUCAGUGGUGCCGUUCUUCUGUUGUUCAGAAAACACCUGAAUUUAUUUGAUCAUAUUAUUAUGUAUCUAGAUGAAAUUUAAGUAUUUAAUGGAGGGUGGGUCAUUAUUUUUGUUCUUAUCUCUGACCUUAUAAUGCCUAAUCUUUUUGUUUUCGAUGUUAAUCCUGAUUUUUCUGCAUGCAUUGCUUGUGGUUGUUCUAAACCGCAAUUUAUUAUUCAAAGUUAUACAUUAGUCUCAUGUAUAUAUCUCACUUGAUAGGUGCGCAUGGUCACUGGAGAUAACAUUCAAACUGCCAAAGCCGUAGCCUUGGAGUGUGGUAUACUAGAUUCAGAGGCCGCCACUGAGCCAACGGUUAUCGAGGGGAGAACUUUCCGCGCUUAUUCUGAGAAACAAAGAGAAAAAAUUGCCGGUGAAAUAUCGGUACGCUUCCAGCAGCAUUGAAAAAAAAAAGUGAUUUUUAUGAAAUCAUGUUUGAUCAUGUUGUGGGUUCACAUCGAGACUGGAAUCACUGUAAAUGGGAUACAAAUUCCUGUUCUCUGUGGGUAUGAAUGCAGGUUCUUUGGUCGUUUGAUUAAUGGGGAAUCUACAUCUGCAGGUGAUGGGGAGGUCUUCCCCCAACGACAAGCUCUUACUCGUGCAAGCUCUAAGAAAAAGAGGAGAGGUCGUUGCCGUCACAGGAGAUGGUACAAAUGAUGCCCCUGCAUUGCAUGAGGUCUGGCCUUCUGCGCUGCUCUUCUUCUCUUCCCGGCUGGAGGUCGGAACCGUCUUCAUGACUUGAGAGCCCUGUUAAUUUCUUCAUUCUCCUGCUGUAUAUUUCCUGUGCUAUAUAGGCCGAUGUAGGCCUUGCGAUGGGCAUUCAAGGAACGGAGGUUGCAAAGGAAAGCUCAGACAUCAUCAUUUUAGAUGACAAUUUUGCUUCUGUCGUGAAGGUUGGCCUCGCUGCUGUGAAUGGAUGUGGUAUCACUUCAGUGGGUCCCUUUAACUCUCAGUGAUGCUGAGGAUUCCCUUUUUUUUUUUUACAAAAAAUCACUGCAGGUUGUUCGCUGGGGCCGCUCUGUUUAUGCAAAUAUUCAGAAGUUCAUCCAGUUCCAACUCACCGUCAACGUUGCCGCUCUUGUGAUUAAUGUCGUCGCUGCAGUCUCAUCGGGCGAUGUUCCUCUUAAUGCCGUCCAGGUUGGUUAUUUCACUGCAUCUCUCUCUCUCUCUCUGGUCUCAUGCAUGCAAAAGGGUGCAGUUAGAAUCAUCGGACCAUCCAGCCCAGACCCAAUCAGCAACGUCUGGAGUUGGGCCCUUCGCCAUAAUCAAGGCUGUAUCUUUAGUUUUUCCUCCAUUCCUUCAUUUAGUCGUCUCAAUUGCUCUCUUCUUGAAUUGCUGAAACAGCUUCUGUGGGUCAACCUUAUCAUGGACACUCUUGGGGCUCUUGCGUUAGCCACUGAACCGCCAACAGAUCACCUCAUGGACAGGCCACCUGUUGGCCGGAGGUCAGUUGACCUUAACGAGCUGUUCGCAUUAUCCUGCCAAGGAUGUUGGACUUUUUCUUUUCUUUCUAUUUUUGGGUAUGGGGGGAGUGUUCUCCAUCUCAGCUUUGAUAAAGGGGGGUCUCUCUUGUGGACUAGUUCUUCCCUGUUUCUGCUCACUGGUAAUUUUUGCUACCAGGGAACCGCUAGUGACGAAGAUAAUGUGGAGAAAUCUGGUCGUUCAGGUUUGUGUUCUUUAUUUUACAAUGUAUUUUCUUCAUCUGAUCUCUCUUUCUCAGAGGUGACCGUCGUCUUCUUCGUUUUUUUUUUCUUUUUUUUUCAAUCGUUUUUCACAAUUCAUAGGCUCUGUAUCAAGUGACCGUCCUCCUCGUGCUCAACUUUUCCGGAAAGAGCAUUCUGCAUCUCGAGAGUGAAACUCACGAGUAUGCUAAUAACCUGAAGAACACAUUUAUAUUCAAUACUUUUGUCCUCUGCCAGGUAUUCUUUUUCACUGUUUACUCUCUCUCUCUCUCUCCGUUCGCUAUAAAUUUAUAUAUUUUUUUAUAUGUAAUAUAUAUCCUGAAGCGUUGAUGUUGUACAUUUUCUCAGAUAUUCAAUGAGUUCAACUCACGGAAGCCGGAUGAAGUCAACGUGUUCGUCGGUGUUACAAGCAACCGUCUUUUUAUAAUGAUCGUCGGGAUAACUGUUAUCAUGCAGGUUGACUGACCGACCAGCUGCUGGCAGCUCCCCCGUGCUAUUUGUUUGACCACCGGGCAUGGGAUCUGAUCUUGCGGUCGUCAUCUUAUGUCUGCAGAUUAUGAUCAUCGAGUUCCUUGGGAAGUUUGCAUCAACUGUGAGACUGAGCUGGAAGCUGUGGCUCGCCUCCGUGGCCAUCGCCUUUGUGAGGUUUGUUUGUCAGCGCCAGAUCUCAGUGGUCAACGCUAUCUGGUCGUUUUAUUGUCUUCAUCCGUCUUAUAAUCCUCCUCCUUGCGAAAAAUCUGAGCAGCUGGCCGCUAGCCGUUCUGGGGAAGCUCCUGCCCGUGCCUGAGCACCCAUUUGGAGACUAUUUUCGGAAAAAAUCCCGGCGGAAGGGAGAUCAAGGUGCGGCUAAAUUGAUUCCAUAA